AUGAGACGAAUGGCAAAAUAUGACAGGUCGUAUUCAAUGCAAGAUGCACAUGGACCAAAUGGAUUGGCUCGCCGUGGAACUCAGCGAGGAUGCAGUCGAUCCAAGUCAACGAGAAGAGGUAAUUUGGGAACCAUCGCUUCAUUGACUUUCAGUCAAAAACAAGCUCUCAACCUCUCGUGGCGUCUUCUGAAGCCACAAGCGUCGGCGUGCUUCCGCAAGAUAUUCCUUGAACUGGAAAUUGCUUCUCCAAAAGUGAAGCAAAUUUUCUACAAGGCUGCGCUCGUCGACGCAUUCAACAAGGAUGAUGAUAACACUGCGACUUUGGAAGUGCACAUUAAGUUGACAACCAAGUUUUUCGAUGAACUUCUAGCCACUCUCGAUGACGAGAACGAAUUCGUCGCUAAAAUUCGUGGAAUCGGAUCGGCUCAUGCUAUCCUUGCGAAAGGAAGCAACUUCUCCUCCGACAUCUGGGAACGUCUUGGAGAAAUUGCAAUGGAGCGUGUUUGCUCCCAUGAAGUCGUCACGAAGACUCGCGAAGCAUCUCGCGCCUGGCGUACUCUCAUCGCAAUUCUCAUUGAUGAGCUCCGUGGAGGAUUCGAAGGAGAACUCAGACAGCACAGAAAGAGCUCAUCAACGGACCAAAUCGAAAUGGGAAAAGUCGAAGACGAGGAGGAGCUUCAUUCCAAGCUUCAACAGCUCCGAAUGGACUACAACCAAACUCUCCCAUACACCUAG